AUGCCUCUCGGAACACUUUACACUUUACCAAGCUCACCAAGAAGCUCAUUUUUGGUUUCUCUGAUCAAAUACACUGGACUCGACAUUGAGAUUAAAGAUAGAAGUGCUCCCGAAUUUGAGGAUCAAUUUCCUCUGAAGAAAUGUCCUGCUUACUUAGGAGCCGACGGCUUCCACCUGACUGAAAAUCUGGCCAUUAUCAAAUAUAUCACUGAAAUCUCGCCAAAGAAAUACAAUUGGUACGGAAAAGAUGCUAAAGAGGAGGCGAAAGUGUGGCAAUGGCUCUCCUUCUUCAACACAGAGUUUAUGCCAGCUCUGUGCGACUGGGCCUUGCCAACUGUGGGAAUCUUACCUUACAACGCUGAGCAGAUACAGAGUGGUAUUGAGAGGCUCGAAAAGUUGGCAGGUCUCAUCGAGAAACAACUAGCAAAAACCAAGUAUCUUGUUGGGGACGAGGCCACGCUAGCCGAUUUGUACGCUUCCGAAUUUGUCAAGGGUGCCUACAGCGGUCUUUGGGAUGAGUCCUGGGUCAAAGAACAUCCUGGUAUUGAAAGAUGGUUAGGUCAGUUGAAAACGGAGCCAGUAGUUGGAGAGUCCUUGAAAGGUAUCACACCUGCAUCCAAGAAAAAAGAAUAG